AGGGCCGGAGGAGGGGCACCAGGAGGAGACGUGCUGCUGCCAGGCCAAAGAGGAAGCUCGAGAACAGGCUCCGUGGUGUGAUGAGGACAGCCAGGCGUGCCAGCAAUGUGGAGGUGCCUUCCUUCCUCCGUCAGCUGGUCAAAGAGACAGAGAAGGUGGUCACCUUCUUCUUCAAAGGGGGACCUAGGGAAAGGGAGAAUGGAGAGGAGGACAAUUUUGAUGAGGACAACUCCAUGCCCAGCCCGUACCUGGACCGCCCCAUCCUGGAGAAACAUGUGUCCGAGGGGGGGUCUCAGACGGGCUUAAACUACGCGCUGGCAAGUAUGCAAGGCUGGAGGGCUCAGAUGGAGGAUGCCCACGCCUGCAUGCCCCAGCUGAACGGAGAGCUGAAGGAGUGGGCAUACUUUGCUGUUUUUGAUGGACAUGCAGGCACCACAGUGGCACAGUACUGCUCCAAAAACCUGCUGGAUCACAUCCUGGCAACUGGUGUGAUCAAAACUAGUGAGGAUCCCGGGCAGGUGAAGGAGGGGAUCCGUGAAGGCUUCCUCGACAUUGAUCUCCACAUGCACAAAUUGGCUCGCCAGGACAACUGGGACCGCAGUGGCACCACCGCCGCAUCUGUCAUGAUCUCACCGCGCCACAUUUACUUUAUCAACUGUGGGGACUCACGCACGCUGCUCUGCCGGAACGGCCAGGUCGUCUUCUACACCGAGGACCACAAACCGUUCAACCCCAGAGAAAAGGAGCGCAUCCAGAAUGCUGGAGGCUCCGUGACCCUGCAGAGAGUCAACGGCUCACUGGCUGUUUCCAGGGCGCUGGGGGACUUUGACUUCAAGGAGGUGGACUGGAGACCUCCAACAGAGCAGCUGGUGUCGCCAGAGCCAGAGGUGUAUGAGCUGGAGAGGACGCCUGAAGAUGAGUUCCUUAUUCUAGCAUGCGAUGGCGUGUGGGACGCCAUUGGUAACGAGGAACUGUGUGCCUUUGUGCGCAGCCGUCUGCAGGUGUGCGAUGACCUGAGAGAGAUCUGUACUCAGGUC